AUGACAACCAUUCCUUCAAUAGCCUGUCUAGGCGUAAUAGGCAAAAAUAACAACCCCCUCCACAUCUCCAUCUUCCCACCCCACUCCCCGCCAUACCCAACAUCCUCGAUCAGCGCCUCCAAACCCACAGCCCCCGUCCACGAAACCCUGCGCACCCCCCUCCAAUACUCCCUCCUCCUCAGCUCGACCCUCGACAUCUUUGACGCGCGAAAUCGUACGUCCGCUGGAAAUCAAAAUCUCACGGGCGAUUUGGGUCUUUUGUAUGCGGUGGAUGAGAGGUUGGCGGCUUAUGGGUUCGAGACGAAUACUGGGGUGAGAUUUGUGGUUUUUGUGGAUGCGAGGGGGAGGGUGGUUAAAGGUGGUGGGGGUACUGGGGCAGCGGGUGGUGGAGGAGCUGGGGGGGAAGGUGGUGUUGCGGGGGGUGGGGUGAGGGAGGCGGAUGUUAGGAGUAUAUUCAAAGCCAUGCAAGCAGCCUACAUCCGUCUCCUGCAAAAUCCCUUCUACGACCCAGAUGAACACUGUCCUGUAAAUGGCAAGGGCGGGAAGAAAAUCAACAGGAUGAUGGAGAUUUUUUGGUACGUAGAGACAUAUCUAUUUAUUAAAACCAGAUCUUUCCUUAUUAUUGGAUUCAUGAGCAUGCAUCCUGUUUGUUUAUAA